UUCGUCAGUCUCAGGCAGUUGAAACCAGAAAGACAGAAACACAGGAGGGAGAGGCAUACAGCUUUCAAUGUGCGCAGUGACUACUAAGGCUUUGACAUAAUCUGUGUGCCGUGUACAGGACCGCAUAAAAUGGAGAGCUGGAUAUUGUUGCUGAGCUUUCUGCAAGUUGUGUCUUGCGUGGACACUUUUCACUAUGUCAUUCAUGGAGACGAGGUGAGCUUUGAAGAAGCUACCAAAAACUGCCAGCAUGAAGGAAACCUGACCAGUCUAUCCACUCGGGAAGAGGUCCUAGCGGUACAACAGGCCUUGUCACAGCAUCUUCAGUCAAGUGGGGAGUACACCUACUGGAUAGGUCUACGGAGACCUGUAGGUGAGUGUGUUGAUGCCAGCGCGAAGCUAAAGGGGUUCAUGUGGCUGGAUGGAGGCACAGAAGCAGAAGAGAUAAAGUGGAAAGAAGACCCUGAGCCCACAUGUACACAUGACCGUUGUGUACACAUUUCUAUCAGUUAUGAUGGGACCUCUGUUGUGGACUGGGGAUUAAAGGAAGGCACAUGUAAGGAUAAGAUAAUACACCCUUUCAUCUGUAAAGUCAAAGGCAAGAAGCAGAUUCCUGCACCCAAAGAUUGUACAAUACCCACCAUCGGGGGGACACAUGACCACAUACACAAAGUGGGCAAUCCCUCCAAACUGGACAUCAUUUGUGACAAUACAAAAACGUACAACCUAACUUGCGACACUAACACUUUGGGUUGGAUCACAAAGGAAGGGAGCACAGUAAAUUUGUCAAGUGUUUGUGUUCCAUGCUCAAAGGGUUUUGAAAAGUCCUACUCGGGUCAAUGUGUGAAUAUUGAUGAGUGCAAAAAUCAGCCAUGUGGACCCAAUAGCAAAUGUGUCAACUUAGGAGGAUCAUUUCAGUGCGAGUACUUAACAUCACAAUCACCCAAUGGUGUACUACCAACGGAUCCCCACACUCACCCAACCCAGCCCAAUACCCCGGGACCAUUCAACACCCAGGACUCGGAUGGUACUGACAACCCACACAAUAUCAUCCUCGUAGAAGUGACCGAGACAUCUCCAGAUUAUUCCCACAUCUACAUCCCCGUCAUCAUAGCGGUCCUGGCUCUGCUACUUCUCCUGGUGGUCAUCUUGACCAUUGUAGCAUGCUGUCGCAGGAAGAAGAGGAAGCGCUCGAAGAACCUGUCCGGGCAGAAGGCCUCCAAGGAAUCUAUGGCACUCAGGGACUCAAUGGAGAAGAUACCUUAGAACUGACCGUGAGGAAACACGGCUGAUGACAUCCAGCAGUCUUUUUCUCUAUGUGCUCUCAGCCCUGGCAGUGUGCUUCACAAAGGCUGCAUGGUGCUCUUCAGCGACAGGGACAAAAAUAAGCCACUUGGACAACUGUUCACCCUCAUACAUGGCCUUAGGGGUGUGAAGUGCUAUUAUUUUAUAAUGUGCCCAUUGGCUCCAGCUUUCUUGCACAUUUUGCUAUCAGUGGCUGUCAAAGAAUGUAAGUGAAGGAUUUGAUAAGUGUUAAAUAUAUAGAAAGUUCUCCAGGACAACACCCUGAAACAACAAGUAAGGUAAAUACAUUCCUGAAAUGUGUUGAUUUGUAACAUAGUCAUUCAGUCAUGUUUGCAGAGUAAAUAUCGCUGAUAAUUUACAAAAAUGUAAUAUAGUUUCUGCAGUUUAUUGUAACAUGAUAUUUUCUUUACUGUUCAUAAACGGCCAUACAAACAUGUGCAACCUCAGAAAAGCGGAUCAUUAAGAUCUGAAACAUUGUACAAAUAGAUCAUAAAUCAAAUAAAGGGGCGGG